UGUUUCACAGUCACAUCCACAGCGAAGAGAGCUGCAGGAAACUGAGGAGGUGAAAGCGUUAGGUCUGAGGGCACAGGCGCUAAAACAAGCGGGACUUCCUGCACAAACACAGCCAACUACAGCGGAUAUAUGAUGCGUUAUACUUCAUCAAGAAUUUAAACCUGAGCUGUCUCUUUACCCACAGCGGCGCCGGGACUGAAUCUAUUUUCUACACAGAGACCUCUGAGUGUGUUCCAUCGUCCACAAGAUGCAUAUGAAUAGCUUAUUAAAUCAAUGGAUGGACAUCUCCAGGAUGUGUGAUGUGGAUGUGUCCUCAGAGCCCACCAGUCCCACCCUGUAUGGUGAGUCUUCAGACAAGUACUACCAUGUGGACCGCUGGCAGAAGCUCCGUACUGCCGUCCGCAAACUGGAGUUCUGGGAAAACUUUACCGCUGAGCUAAUCGGAAGCGGAUUUUUCUCCAAAGUCUAUAAGGUGAUGCACAGCACCAGUCGGAAGGUGAUGGUGGUGAAGAUCUACAAAAACGAUGUGGACCAAGACAGCAUUGUACGAGAGAUCAGCCUGCUGCAGAAACUCUCCCACCCCAACAUCGUCAGAUAUCUGGGAAUCUGUGUCAAAGAAGACAAACUCUAUCCGAUCCUAGAGUAUGUAAAUGGCGGCUGUCUGGAGGAGCUUCUGGCCAGGAAAGAUGUUCCCCUGUGCUGGAGAGAGAAGGUGGACCUGGCCUGUGACAUAAGCCGGGGAAUGAUCUACCUGCACUACAAGAACAUUUACCACAGAGACCUCAACUCAAAGAACUGUCUGAUCCGGGUGACGUCUCGGGGACGGGAGGCCCUGGUGACAGACUUCGGCCUGGCCAGGGAGGUGGUGGAACUACCAGUGAAAGAUCCCGGUAGGAAGCUCUCACUGGUGGGCUCAGCGUUUUGGAUGGCCCCUGAGAUGCUCCGGGGGGAGCCAUACGACCGCAAGGUGGAUGUUUUCUCCUUUGGCAUUGUGCUUUGUGAAAUCCUGGCCAGGAUUCCUGCUGAUCCAGAGAUCCUACCCAGAACACAGGACUACGGGCUGGAUGUGAAAUCGUUCAGGGAGCUGGUGACCGACUGUCCUCAGCGUCUCCUGGAGUUAGCAGCCAGCUGCUGUAUGCUGGAGUCCUUCAGGCGACCAGCGUUCACAGAGUUGCUGGAUGAGUUGGGAGAAGUCGCUGAGACCCUGGAGCUGCCACCAAAAUCUGAUCUGACCGCAAGCUGAGCUGUCCAUCAUCUGGAAACAGCACCUAUUCAGCAUCAGGACCACAGGGUCUGGGUCUAUUCGUCUCUGUCUGGACAGGAAACUAGACUGUCUCUGAGCAAAACAAAAAAACAAAAAAACAACACACACCUGAUCAGCGUGAUCAGUGUUCAGCACUCUCGGGCUUCACUC